GACUUCUUGCGAGUUGCCCCUCUUUCUAUAGUAUACUUAUUAUACUCUUUGCUUGUAUAAUCUUUUUUACCGUUUAAAACUGAUAUCAAAAGAAAAACAAAGUUUUAUUUGCGUUUGUUUUCAAGUUUUCAUAUUAUAAUAGUAAUUGACCAGGAAAAUUUACAUACACGUCGGUAAAUAAUAUGAAUAAGUUGAAAAACAAGGUACAUUACGUAUCUCCUUGUGAUUCUGACAAUGAUUGGACCGAUUCUACCGGCGACUCAAAAUACUCCGAUUCGGAUAGUUCGAUUCCAGAAUGGGAUUCUGACGUAGGUGAAGAUGGGGAGUUAGUUUUCAUAAAAGUAAAAAAUAAUGCAAACGACGAUGUGAAUACUCCACUUUUGGAAAAUUGCGAAACUUUUAAGUUAAGAAGUGACUUCAAGAGAGCUUCAACGAGAAGGUCCACUAAAGGUAGAAUUUUCAAAGCUUUAAAAAGCCGCAAAGAAAAAUAUGACAAUGCAAGUAGCAAAAUUAAUGAAUUCGAAAGUUCAGUUACUAAAAAUUCUUUAGAAGAUAAUAAUAAAUUUGUUAUCAUACAGGUUAGCAAGAAUAUGAUAUUUAACAGUGAAAAGAACUGCCAAAUAGAGAAAUUAUUUGGUAUGAGUUUAGAGACUCAUAUGGACGGGAAGACAUUAAUUGUUGCAAAUUUCUUAACAGAAGCUAAAGCAAUAUACAUUCCACGAGUUAAAGUUGGUUAUUACCUAGUAAAAAUAAAUGGAAUUGAAGUAAACUCUUACAACAUUAAUAAUAUGCUACAAGGAGUAAUUGAAGACAUUGAAAGUCCAAAACUAACAUUUCAAGUAGUAACUGGAGGAUUUAAUAUUGAUCUUGUUAAAUUAUUAACAUUAAAAAAUUCUCCGGAAAAUUCUCUAACUCAGCUUUUGAAAGAUUCGAUGUGUUCUGUUCUGUACAUAUGUUGUAAUGAUGUUGAGUAUCAGAGUAAUGAUGAUAAAGGAGUACUUUAUUGCUACCCUCGACCAUAUAAUCAAAACUUUCUUUAUAAUACAAGAGGGGCUUACGUAACACUUAAUCAUUUGGCCCCUAAAUCAUUGGGUACUAGUGAACCAGUAGUAUCAACUGUCCUUUACAACAAUACUUUAAUUAAUGUCACUUACGCAUCUCAUUUUAGUGAUCUACUUUUACUGGCUGUGCCUAAUAAGAAUUUAGAUCUUUUUUGUGCUAAAAAAUUAAUAGAUUAUGUUGUAAAAAUCUUGGAAUUCCUUUAUGGGUCAUUAAAAUCUUGUUUUACAAAACCUAAUAAUGUAGAUAAGUUAGACGGUUUGUUUUCUCGUAUUUUCGUUCAUUUAUUGUUUGAUAAUUAUAAAAAUAUGUCUAAAGAAGAAAGGAAAGUUAAUACAAUGUUGUUUGAAGAGUUUGUAGCUUGUCAUGCAGUGACUUUACCUUUGGAAGUGAAAAUACAAGUAGAUGAUGCAAUAACAGAGUUAGAAGCGGCUGAUUAUCGUGAAUGGACAGAUGAUGUUGAAAAUUUUCAAAGGCUGUACACUGUAAUCGGAGCAUGUCUAUACUAUUCUGGACACUUGUUAAGUUCACAUCUACGUGAUGAAGACUUAGUAGAAAUCCUUUACAAUCAAUGGUAUAACGGCUCACAGAAGAAUUACAGACAUUCAAGUAAUUUAGACAUCAGUUAUUCGGAAGAUUCUAAUAGUUUGAAGAGCAACAGUGAAAUAACUGAGGAGCGAGUGACCGGGCGGCGAGCGGACAGAGAACAGAAAGGUCGCCGUGACUCCUCUGGAUCUGAUUCUGACUGGGACAGACAGGAUGGGAGUAGAACUAGCGGGAAUAUUGAUAUGACAGAUAUAAGAAAAAGUUUAUUAAAUGAACUCAAUCAUGUGACUGUCCACAGAAUAACAGCCGGUGAAGAGAAUGUCCUAUUUCAUUUUGUACAACUGGAAUCAGAGAAAGGAGUUUUGAUAGCGCCAAUGAAAACUAUCGAAAUGCAAGCGAACAAUGUUUUAUAUUCUUACAUUGUUGCUACUUUUAGGAAGGCUUGUAAGAAGAUACACGAGUUACUGCAAUAUAGUAUGAAAUUUAAAAAGAACCAUGCGCCAUCAAAUCCGUUAAAUAAAAUCCUAGUGGCAGUCAGAGAGUAUGGCAGCUUGUUUGAAGUACCUCAUGAUGUUCUCAAUCAGUGUGGCAUUAAUAAAAAAAAUUGUGAACCCUUUCUGUUUUGGGUUGUCGGGCGAGUUUUCAGUGAACCAGAACCAAGAGAACUAUACAUAUGCUAUCACGAAUCUGUUCCCCAGGAUCUUACAGAAGUGGCUCAGUUAUUAUCUUAUUUAGAGUAAUGUAAUCAUUCACAAUAUCCUUGUGCAGUUUAGAAGUUAAAUUAUCUCAAUCCCAUAUUAUUAAAAAAUAUUGACCUAAUUAAUCUUACAAAUAUGACAUGUGAUAUAUUCCGUCCAGUAAUGCGUUGUGUAUAAGAUGUAUACAAUAAUGAGUGACAUUUUUA